AUGAGCGCGGCGGGAGCCGGCGAGGGCUGUCGCCGCCGGGCGCGGGUGUCCCGCCUCGUCUCCUUCAGCGCGACCCACAGACUCCACAGCAAAUCUCUGAGUAAUGAAGAAAACUUGAAACUGUUUGGGAAAUGCAACAAUCUAAAUGGCCAUGGGCACAAUUAUAAAGUUGUGGUGACGGUGCAUGGAGAGAUUGAUCCUGUUACAGGAAUGGUUAUGAAUUUGACUGACCUCAAAGAGUAUAUGGAGGAGGCAAUUAUGAAGCCCCUUGAUCAUAAGAAUUUGGAUCUGGAUGUGCCAUACUUUGCAGAUGUUGUAAGCACGACAGAAAAUGUAGCUGUAUAUAUCUGGGAAAACCUCCAGAAAUUUCUUCCUCUGGGAGUUCUUUAUAAAGUAAAAGUGUAUGAAACUGACAAUAAUAUAGUUGUCUAUAAAGGAGAAUAGCUUUUAGGGGUUAAUACUGUAGAAAGACUAAUUUCUUUCCAUAUUUGAAAAAGGUCUUUAUCCCCUGGGACUAUUAAGAAGUCGUCACACACUUGUUAUGCCUCUACACUGUGUUCCGGAGUGCCCAAUUGAUUGAAAUCGUUGUGUGUAAGACCUGUUGUGAAUUCAAAUCUGUCCUAAAACCAAACUUGUAAAACAUCCUGAGUAUCAUUUAGAGAGUCUUUUAUUUAUAGAUUAAAAAUCACUUCAUUUUCAGUAAAAUGUUGUGUGGAAUUUAAAAGUAAAAUAAAUCAAUUUUUGUUUUUCCGUUAUCUCAUUUUUAGUAUUCAUUUUUCUCUUGGUAUAAUAUGAAUGGCAAAAGUGUUUAUAAGACAUCGUAGGUGAAACUUAAAAAAACA